AUGGAAGAAAAUAUUGAAUCAGCAUUUCAAUUGCUGUCAUCUGAGAUGAGAGAUUUGUAUCCUUGCAUUGAGACACUCAGUUCCACGCCAGAUCCUCUGACUUUUUACAGAAAGUUUGUCUCGCAGAAUCGCCCUGUUGUGAUUCAAAAUGCCAUCAGCCAUUACCCUGCAUUAUGGAAAUGGGGAGACAAAUAUCUCAGAGAGAAAGUUGGUGAUCAACUUGUCACAGUGGCAGUAACACCCAGUGGCUAUGCAGAUGCUAUUUGUGAAGAUCAUUUUGUCAUGCCUGAGGAACGGAGCAUGCUGAUGUCUGAAUUUUUGGAUGUAAUCUACACACCCCCAGAACAACGAAAUACACAAGGUGUCUUCUACAUCCAGAAGCAAAAUUCAAACUUAUAUAGUGAAUUUUCUAGCCUGAUGGAAGAUGUGGAUUCUGAUGUUUCAUGGGGCACUGAGGCAUUUGGUGCCAAGCCUGAUGCGGUAAAUUUCUGGAUGGGAGAUCAAAAAGCUGUGACAUCAAAGUAUUUCAAACCUAAUCUAAACUUUUACCACAAAGAUGAUUAUGAUGGAUUGAUAUUAUUGAACAUAUUCAUUAUUCCAGAAUCCUGUACAUGUGCGGUAUACAAGCAGAAUAUUGAUGGUGAAUUUGUAAUAACACCAACAGAAAGUGAGGACAAGGUCUCCUGGAUUGCAGUAGAUCCACUGAAACCUGACUUGGACAAGUAUCCCCAGUAUGCUUCAGCAAGACCACUGACUGUCACUGUCAGGGCUGGAGAGACCUUGUAUCUUCCUUCACUGUGGUUUCACCAUGUCCAGCAAUCCCAGGCUUGUAUUGCAGUGAACUAUUGGUACGACAUGGACUUUGACAUCAAAUGGGCCUAUUACAAGUUUCUGGAAAAGCUGUCAAGUGGCAAACAAUCAAGUAGUGUAAAAAUCGCAGAGACUGUUGUUCCACAAUAA